UCUUCCUCCAGGGGCUCCAUGUCCGCCGCGCGGGGGCAGUUUGGUAUCGGUGGCUUGGAACCUCACCUCCUGCUGGGACCCCAGGCCAGUUUUUGUCUCGCAAAACGAAACCUCAAGGACUCUUCGUAAAUCUGCUUCUUUAAAACCACUUUUCCUUUGAACGACUCCCGUAUUUGACCGGCCAGGGGUGUUUUCCGCUGUCCUGGAGGGGCGGCUAACCUAGCCCAGGCAGAAGGGCUGGGUUUCCCAGGAGAUGCACACAAGACCUGUGUGGAUCCGAGUCCGCCCUGAGAAGGUUUCCCAACGGCUAGUAGCGGGCUGAAACUUUUAAGAAAGUGUGGUAUCGUAGCACAGACGCUUAGCAUGAAGUGAUACUAGCAGUUGGAUUGUAAAUUCAGAGUUGAGAAAUUACAACAUUUAAAAAAGAAAUUUUGCUUAUUAUCGAAAUUUUCUUUAAUGGCUUAGUAAGAAAUAGAAUAUGGCCAUGUCGGUUAUGGCAUUUUGCUUUGACUUGGGUCUUUGAAAGACGAGUAUUUAACUCUGUUCUAUUUCAUAACGGAAACCAUCUCUGGUUCUUUAAGAUAGUGGCUAGUCCCACUUUCUAAAAAAGAAAGACUUACAAAAUGAAGAUUAAUGCGACAAACUGCAGAAUCUGCUACUGCAAGUAACUGUAGCCCAUUCUAGGUUUUCCUACCCUUGACCACCAUUUCCCCUAGUAUAAGUUGCUUGCCCAGUAGGUUAACCAGCUCUCAUCCCUAAGGGACGUUACUGUGUUACCCUGGUUCCUGUGGCCUUGCCAGGCCUUGGUGGCUGCGAUUACCCAUUCGCCGUUCUGAAAGCAAUCAAGAGAUGUCUCUGAGAAGCCCCUGAGUUGCUGAUAUACAGUCCUCAUCCAGUCGUGCAGCAGCAAGCCUGUCUCCGCCUGCCAGUGCAAUUCCUCCUCAUGGGCUUGUGGAGCCAGAAAUGACUGGGAGGCAGCAGUAGAUGUAGGUUUAGGGAAACCUUUACUGGGUCCCCUGAUAGAAGCGGCUCUGCUCUCCACCAAGCCCAGUACCUCCAGUCUAGCAGAGCCUGCGCUGUGAGGAAAGCAGACGGCAUAUCUGUCAGUCAGUCAUUGAGAGUGAUGGCGUGAGAGGCCCCUCGUACUUUCAGUCCUUGGUUCGAAGGACGUUCCUCACCUUGGAAGGACUAUACUUGGUGCCAAGUGUACUCUUCACACCGUCCCAAGCUAGUGCACUGACUAUUCCUUUAAGAGAUGAUUCCAAUAUGGUCAGACCAGCAGCUUCCGGAUGAGGUGGCAUGUAGCAGCAUUUGUGGAUGCCAUGUUCACCUGCCUCUUUCUCACUUCUCCUUUUCUAUAAAGCAAGUGCUUUCCUCCAAGACGAUAUUAUAUGAGAUCCCACGAUAGUCAAUGAGACACAAAGCUCUAAGAUAGCAGCAAUGGCCCAGGCCCUGUGGGUAGGGAAGGCAAACCUAUACCAGGUAGACAUGUUGUGUGCCCCUCCUAAGAUGAAGGGUCCUAUGUCCUAAGUCAUUGAGUGGAUGUUCUGUCCCUUCCAAGGGAUUGUCCCCUGUGUUGGCUGCAGGUACUGCAGCAGUCGGCAGCACGAGUAGCUAGAUCAGUUUGGUGAGAGGGAGCCCAUUGUUGAGCCUGUGCACAGCCUCCGUUGCCUCCGUCCCUGCUGCCUGUUUAGGAGCCCAUUAUGCAAGCACCAAGACCAAGGUCAAAGAAUGACUGGCAUCUACCAGGGAAUCAUCCUGCCAUCAUAUUGUUCAGUGCCUCUUCUGAGAUCUACAGAUUUUGUGCCCAGUUUGUGUCAGUUUUCUAUACUGCAUAACAAAUUUAGUGGCUUAAAACACACAUUCAUGACCUCAUAGUUUCAGUGGGCAGGAGUCCUGGGGUCGCUCAGCAGGGCCCUCCUCCAUUCAGGGUCUUCAUGAGGCAGCAGUCAGCUGCUGGCCAAGCUCUGUUUUCAUCUGGACACUCAGCUCAGGAAGAAGGCCCUCCCAAGCUCACUCACUUUGCUGCCUAAAGUCACCUGUUUGUGCUGUGGGUCUGAGGUCCCUGUUUUCUUACUGGCUCUCGGCCAGUGGCUGCUCUCAGUCCUGAAAGCCACCCCCUGUCCCCUUACUAUGUGGUCCUUUCACAACAUGGCAGCUUGCUUCCCAAGCCAACAAGAAGUUUCCCUCCAGUCUACUAAGUUGGAGUCUCCUACCACACCGCAUGCUCGGCAUGAUAUUCCUAGGCCUUUGCUGUCUUUAGAAGCAAGGCGCAGAUCCACCUGCUCUCAAGGGAAGGGGAUUCUACAAGCGUGUGACCCAUUGGAGGAGUGCUAAGAGUGUGUUUGCCAAACUCUAAGUCCAGUCACACAUUUCUUCCCCUGAACUCUUUUUCUCUUCUCAUCUGACUUCUUUGAGGCCUUUGACGAAGCCACUCUGCAUGGUCCUUCAAACUGAGGAUCAAGAGUACUGCUUGAAAGCUCUGCCUGCCAGGAGGAGUCCCUCCAGCAGCCACCGUUCAGGGCCCCCUGUGAGCUACACUAGAGUCUGGACACGUUCCAUUCAUAGCCUGCACCAACGUAACAUCAUUCUCCGUGAAACUUUGUCAUUUUGUGUCAGCUGUUCCCAAGGAACUGGGCAUGAGGUGUGAGCUGAAAGAGAGCCAGUGUAUUUUGCAUUAUGACUUCUCAAGAGAAGACAGAAGAGUAUCCUUUUGCUGAUAUAUUUAGUGAAGAUGAGAUUGAAAGAAAUUUUUUAUUGUCCAAACCUGUUUGCUUUGCUGUAUUUGGAAAACCAGGAGUUGGGAAGACAACAUUAGCCAAUCAGAUUGCACAAACAUGGAAAUGUAUUCGUGUUGAAGCAUUACCAGUUUUGGAAGAAUACAUUGCUGUCGAAAACGAAUUAGGAAGUAUGUUGAAAUCGAUGCUGUUCAGUGGUCAAAGCAUUCCAGAUGAACUUGUCAUCAAGCUAAUACUGGAAAAGAUCAACUCCCCAGAAGUGUCUCACUUUGGUUAUAUCAUCACAGAAAUACCAUCACUUUCUCAGGACGCCAUGACUGCUUUGCAGCAAAUAGAAUUAAUUAAAAACUUGAAAUUCAAGCCUGAUGUUAUAAUCAAUAUUAAGUGCCCUGACUAUGAUUUAUGCCAAAGAAUUUCUGGACAAAGACAGCACAGUAGUACGGGGUACAUAUAUACUAGAGACCACUGGGAUCCUGAAGUUAUCGAGAGUCGUAGGAAAAAGAAGAAAGAAUUACAAAAAGAAGGAAAAGGAGAAGAUGAGGGAGAAGAGGAAGAGGAACAAGAAGAAGAAGAGGCAUUUAUUGCUGAAAUGCAGAUGGUGGCUGAAAUUCUUCAACACCUGGUUCAGAGGCCUGAGGAUUAUUUGGAAAAUGUUGAGAACACUGUUAAACUUUACAAGGAAACAACUCUUCAGGUUUUGGAAGAAGUAAUGGCUGAACACAACCCCCAGUAUCUCAUUGAGCUCGAGGGAAAUAAGCCACCAGAGGAGCUCUACAUGACAGUUUUAGAACGACUUAAACAUCUGAACCUGAAAAGAGCAGCUAUUAUAACCAAACUUCAAAGUGCAGAAGAAGAAAUUGACAUAAUGGAAAAUGAGGAGCUGCUCCGAGUCCUCGCGUCCUAUAAAAUGAUCGCACCAAGAUACAGGUGGCAGAGGAGCAGAUGGGGCCGGGCCUGUCCUGUUGCUUUAAAAGACGGAAACAUAUAUCCAGGAUUACCAGAUUUUUCUGUGAGUUUUUUAGGUAAAUUGUACUGCCUUUCAUCAGAAGAAGCCUUAAAAGCAUUUUCAUUGAAUCCACGACGCUAUCUUCUUCCUCCCAUGCCGGCACCACCGUGCAAAGUAGUCGUAUGUGGACCUCAGCGCGCUGGGAAAACAACGCUUGCCGAUUUGAUUGCAGAACAUUACAAAGGAAAGGUAGUUGACUAUAGCACACUUGUUCAACCACGUUUUGAAAAAGCCCGUGAGAUGUUAAUAGAAAAUACGAUUACUGAAGCCACUGAAGCAGCUAUUAGAACUGUAAAAGAAAGACUUCUAGCAGAACAGCAAGCUAAAAUUCAAGCUGAGACAACUUUAAGAGAAUUUCAAAAACACUUUGGAAGAAAAGAGUUUGAAGAGUUUUCAGAAUUGCAUUCCUCAUUCGGUGAAGAAGCUUCCAUUCAUGACAGCCUUUUAGAGGUAGCUGAAGAAGCCAAAACGAAGUCAGAAAAUGUCCUCGAUGACCAAGAUGAAAAAGAUAUCAGUGAAACAUCCACAUUUAAAAGGAGUUCUCAAGACCAUAGUCAAGAUCUGAAGACAUAUUCAGACAAAGCCCCAGUAGAAGUUUCAGUAGAAGUCACUGCUAAUCAUCCAGCAGUUAUUUCCAUACUUGAGGAGACUAUAAAAACAACUAAAGACUUGAACUUUGAACAGCCAUAUGAAAAACAUGCUGAAAUCUUGGAGGAAGUCCUCAGGGAGGUCAUGGAGGAAAAUCAGAAUAGAUUUCCUGGUGCCCCAAAGUAUGGAGGAUGGAUCCUGGACAACUGCCCUAUUGCAAAAGAACUGUGGCUAGUCUUAGCAGAGAGAGGACUGGUACCAGAUUUGAUCGUCUAUUUAUCGGAUUUCGAAAACAAUGGAAAAUGUUUAUAUAAUAGAAUAUAUUUGAAGAAUAAAUCUGAAAUUGAUGCUAAGAUUUUAGAAAGAUUAAUAGGUGAUAUACGAAAGAAAAAAAGAGAAGAAGCAGCAGCAAGAAAAGCCAAGGAAGAAGCAUUGAGAAUAGAAGAAGAAAACCGAAGGCUGAUUAAUGCUAUGAAUGAGAAAGCAAAAGAGAUUGAUGAGGGUGAUAAUGAGGAGGAAGACGAGGUUGAAGGUGAAGAGUCUGAAGCCCAUGAGGAGUCAGAGGCUCCUUACGUGUCCAAGGAGACCAGAGGAUCCUUGCCAGAAGAGUCUGACGCCCAGGAAAUAGAACCUGAGUCAGUCUCCAAGCGUACUGAGGAUGCUACAGUUGAAAAACAAAUUCCAAAAAAAUCCAAAGAGAGCCUGGAGAUGGAGGAAUUAGGUGAAACAGUUGUAUUACCAGAGUUCCCAGAAGACGCGUACCCUGAUGUUCCCGAAAUGGAGCCAUUCAAAGAGAAAAUUAACUCCUACAGCUUCCUGUGGAAACAGCUGGAACCAUUGUUCCAUGAAUCUUCCAUUCAAAUUUUAUACUUAGACAUUGCCAGCAAGACUCCAAAGGAACUCCUUCAAAAAGUAGUUGAGACUAUGGAAAAAUCUUUUCAAUACACUGGCUGGGAGUUAACUGUGGACGAUUAUGAUGAAGAAGCAGAAGACUAUCAGGCCGAAGCCGAAGUUGAAGAGGAGCUAGAGGAGGAGGAAGAGGAGGAGGAAGAGAAUGAAGACAGAAUUAAAGAGAAAAAGAGGCAUUUGGGAGAUACAAAGCACUUUUGUCCAGUGGUUCUCAAAGAAAACUUCGUCCUACACCCAGGCAACGUGGAAGAAGCAGUGAAAUAUCGAGAAAAGAUCUACUACUUCUCAAGUGCAGAGGCCAAAGACAAAUUCCUGGAGCACCCUGAGGACUACGUGGCUCAUGAGGAACCACUGAAGGCCCCUCCGUUGAGAAUCUGCCUCCUGGGCCCCCGAGGCGCCGGCAAGACUGUGUGUGGCAGGCAGGCAGCAGAGAAAUUCGGCCUCUUCCACAUCCAGUUUGACGAAGUUCUUCAAGAGAAACUGCUGCUCAAAAUCGAAAAAAGAGUGGGACCUGAAUUUGAGGAAGAUUUGGAGGAGGAGCAAGCUGCAAAACAGGAGCUGGAGGAGCUGGCGAUGCAGGCCAAUGUCACCAUCGAGGAAGAAAAAACAAAGCAGCAGCCUCCUGACAUACACCUUACAGAAGAAGAAGAAGCAAUCAAAACAAGCCUAAUGGAAAAUGAGCCGUUGCCUUCUGAAAUUCUUGAAGCAAUUCUUUCCGAAUGGUGGUUUAAGGAACCUAUACGUUCUACAGGCUUCAUACUCGACGGUUUCCCACGCUAUCUAGAAGAGGCCCAGUUUCUUGGGGAACACGGAUUUUUCCCAGAUGCUGCGGUUUUCAUACAAGUUGAUGAUCAAGAUAUUUCUGAUCGCCUCCUUCCUUCCCAAAUUAAAAAGUGGAAACUGAAACAACAGAAGAAAUUAGAAAGGAAAAAACUCAUCAAGGACAUGAAGGCAAAAAUCAGGGCAGAUAUGAUUGCUAAAAGACGGGCUGAACUUGUGUCAGACAGAGAGAGGAGGAGGAGAGGGGAGAUGGGUCUGAGGGAAGAUGAGGACAUAAGCGAGGAGGAGCCUGAGGACGAAGAAGACGACAUUGAGAACAUCCUCGAGGAAGAGUUCCCGAAAGACGAGGAAGAGAUGAGUGAGGAAGACGAAGAACAGGAAACCGAGGCAGUCGAGCGCCUGAAAAAUGAACUGGGAGAGAAAUUCGAGAGCGACUUAAACAACGCACAGAUGAUCCAGGACGAAUUUGAGAAGUUUUUGAUCCCAAUCAUUCUCAUUAACGGGUCUCGGAAAAUGCACAUUGUACAGUAUAUGCUGAAUACGAAGCUGAAGUCCCUGGUGGAGACGCGCGAGAGCAUCUUUGAGAAGUGCUACCCAGUGCCGCUGCACCUUGCUCAGAAGAUGCUCGCCUUCACCUACAGGCACAUGAGCUCUUUUGGCUACUGGGACCCUGUGAAGCUGAGUGAAGGAGAGACAAUCAAGCCAGCUGAAAAUGCAGAGAGCCCAAUUUAUCCUAUAAUCCAUCGCCAGUAUAUUUACUUUUUGUCUAGUAAGGAAACUAAAGAAAAGUUUAUGAAAAACCCCAUCAAAUAUAUCCGCCAACCCAAACCUAAGCCCACCGUGCCCAUUCGGAUUGUAAUUGUGGGGCCUCCAAAAUCCGGAAAAACCACAGUGGCCAAAAAAAUUGCAAAUGAAUACGGCUUAAAGCGCUUGUCUAUGGGGGAAGCUCUGCGGUCCGUGUUAAACCACCACCAAGAGGCAGAGCUGGCCCUUAUGCUGAACUGGCAUCUCUGCAAAGGCAAGGCAGCACCGGACGAACUGGCCAUUCAGGCCUUGGAACUGUCUCUGAUGGAAAGCGUGUGCAAUACAGCGGGAGUCGUCAUCGAUGGGUACCCUGUAACUCCACACCAAAUGAACCUCUUGGAAGCCAGGUCAAUCAUUCCCAUGAUCAUCUUUGAGUUGGAUGUGCCUUCCAAAGAGAUUUUCAAAAGGCUGAUCCUGGAUAAAAAAAUGGAGCAGAGUUUCCCGUAUCCGUUGCACAACAGUGCACAAAUUAUAGCUGUCAAAAAUGCAAAGUACCGCAAAAAUGUUGUCGAGAUUCGGCAAUAUUACCAGCAGCAGCACCGAAACUGGUGCGUGAUUGACGGAUUUCACAGCAAAUGGUGGGUGUGGAAUGAAGUCAUGAAGAAUAUUCAAGUGGUGAACAAUUACAUGCAAACAUACCUGGAUAGAAUAAAAGCAGGAAAAGCCGCCUGCAUUGACAACCUAUGCAUCACACCUCAAGACCUGGUUUCUCGCCUGGGGGAAUUUGGACAGUUCUGCCCUGUCAGCCUGGCAGAAGCCAAUGAACUGUUUGACUGCUCUGUAAAUGAAUCCUUGGAAUUUGCAGCAGAGUUCCGUGGGCACUAUUAUAAAAUGCAUUCGUGGGAAAAACUACAGAAAUUCUUGGUGAACCCAGAAUUGUACGUGCCUCCCUUAGCACCGCAUCCUCUCCCACCUGCUGACAUGAUCCCCAAGAGGCUGACACUGUCCGAGCUGAAGCACAGGUUCCCUAAGUGUGCCGAGCUCCAGGGCUACUGUCCGGUCACCUAUCAGGAUGGAAAGCAAAGAUACGAAGCUCUGGUUCCUGGUAACAUUAACCACGCUGUAGAAUACCGCGAUCGCAUCUAUAUUUUUGAGACUAAAGAAAAGCUCGAGAAAUUUCUGAGGUCGCCACAGAAGUACUGGGACCAGAAGCUUCCACACAAGCUGCCCCCGCUGAAGCAGCCCAUCUCUCUCACCAGCCUGCCUCUGCCUGGAUACCUGGAGCAGAGAUGUAUUUAUUUAUUUGAAAGACCAAGUUACAGAAAGAAAGGAAGACACAUACACACACAGAGAGGGAGAGAGAGAGAGAGAUCUUCAUCUGCUGGUCACUCGCCAAAUGGCCACAACAACCAGGGCUGACCUGGGCUGAGGCCAGGAGCUAGAACUCCAUCCAGGUCUCCCACAUGGAUGCGGGGACCCAAGGACUUGGGCCAUCUUCUGCUGUUUUCGCAAGCAUACCAGCAGGGAGCUGGAUCGGAAGUGAAGUAGCCGGGACUCAAACCAGUGCCCGUAUAUGAUGCCAGCAUUGCAAGCAGUAGCUUAACUCACUGUGCCACAAUGCCAGCCCCAAAGUGUGGCUUUUUCAUGAUAUGGUACUCAGAAUUAAUGUGUCAUUAAUUGUAGCAUACAAAAAGUAUACAGAAAGUUCAUUAAAAUGUUGUUAUGAAAAAACUGUGCAUGGAUUUCAAAACAUUUUUAAAUUUAUCUUUUAGUUACAUUUCCCAAAAAUUUUACAAAGUAUCUGAGUAGACAUUUUCCAUGAACUUUUUGAAAGCCUGUCAAAUAUAAAAAGGCUUGUUAAGUUGGGGUGGUUGCUUGAUUGGAGUGUGUGCGUGUGCGUGUGUGUGUGCGUGUGUGUUGGUGAGAAAUGCAAUGCAAUAUGGGGCAAAUAUUUUAACAAAACUAUCAAAACUGAAUUUCUAGCUUGAAAAAAGCAGGAACUGGGAUUAAAAGGUCAGCUCCCAGUUCUGCACGUUAUGGGGAAAGGCGAGCGCUGGCAAUCACAGCCUAAAGGAGAAUAAUCCCCAGCUCCUCUUUGGGAUCUAGACUUGUUCUCAGCCAAAGCCGUGCAGUUCAGGCACACGGCCAGCCCUGUGUCUCUCCCAGGUCCCCCAGCCUAACCAAAAACAGUCACAGCUCUCU